CCGGAGCGCAGCCCGCGGGAGGAGGCAGAGCCGGGCCGGGCCGGGCGCGGCCAGCCCAGCCGGGAGGCGAGGGCUUCGCUGCCGCACCGCGGAGCGGCGGGAAGAAGCCCCGUCGCGGCGGUCGAGAGGGAGCCGGUGAGGCGGAGCCCGGUCAGCCCUCCCCGGUCAGCCGGCGCCGCAUCGGAGGGGGCUGCCGGCGCCCUUCACCCCGGGGAGCCGCUGCCCCGGCGUUGCCGCCCGCCGCGGCGGGUCCGUGGCGGGUCCGUGGCGGGGGGGAGCCCCGCCGCCAGGGCCGCGGCGAUGAUGUCGGGACAGUCGAUCACCGACCGCAUCACGGCGGCGCAGCACAGUGUCACCGGCUCGGCCGUCGCCAAAGCCGUCUGCAAGGCGACGACCCACGAGGUGAUGGGCCCCAAGAAGAAGCACCUGGACUAUCUAAUACAGUGCACAAAUGAAAUGAAUGUGAAUAUUCCGCAGUUGGCAGACACACUCUUUGAGAGAACUGCAAACAGUAGCUGGGUUGUAGUGUUCAAAGCUCUAAUUACAACACACCACCUCAUGAUGUAUGGAAACGAGCGCUUUAUCCAGUAUCUUGCAUCCCGAAACACUUUGUUCAAUUUAAAUAACUACCUGGACAAAAGUGCCAUGCAGGGUUAUGAUAUGUCUACCUUCAUUAGGCGAUAUAGCAGAUACUUGAAUGAAAAAGCACUUUCAUAUAGACUUGUAGCAGUUGACUUCACCAAAAUGAAGAGAGGGAUAGAUGGAGUGAUGAGAACCAUGAAUGCUGAAAAGCUGCUGAAAACCCUUCCAAUCAUACAGAACCAGCUUGACACACUCCUUGAUUUUGAUGCAAAUCCAAAUGAACUAACAAAUGGUGUUAUAAAUGCUGCCUUCAUGCUCCUCUUUAAAGAUUCCAUUAGACUUUUUGCAGCAUACAAUGAGGGGAUUAUUAAUCUUUUAGAAAGAUAUUUUGAUAUGAAGAAGAACCAGUGCAAAGAAGGCUUGGAUAUUUACAAAAAAUUUCUAGCCAGAAUGACCAAAUUGUCAGAAUUCCUCAAAGUAGCAGAGCAAGUUGGAAUUGAUCAGGGUGACAUUCCAGAUCUUACUCAGGCACCCAGCAGCUUGCUUGAGGCACUGGAACAGCAUUUGGCCUCUGUGGAGGGGAAGAAAACAAAAGAAGUCUCUGCUGCCAGCAGAGCUAGUGCCCUAUCCAGUGCUGUUUCCACACUUGCCAACACAGGAAUGUCAUUUAGCAGGAUGGAUGAGAAAGAAAAGCAGCAGGCGUUGGAGGAGGAGCAAGCUAGACUGCAGGCACUUAAGGAGCAGCGAUUAAGGGAGAUUUCUGUAGUAUCAAAUUCCACUUCCACAUCAGCAUCCCCAAGCACCUUAUCAGGAAAAAGUGUGAAUACCACUGUAGCUGUUGACCUCUUUGCAGUACCAGCACCCACAACAAACAGCAUGCCCAACCUUUCUAGUGAUCUUUUUGAUCUUCAGCCUGCAUUUGUUCCAACUGUGCAGAGUACUCCAGCUAUAUCAACAUCAGCAAGCACUGCUUGGGGAGGUCCUUUCUCGUCCUCAAAUGGUUGUGUUGGUUCUCCACCUCAUCUGGACAUCUUUGACAUGAAGCCAGUUGAAGAAGCUGUAAAAUCUACUACCCCUUUCAUCAAUUCUACUUUUUCCUCCAAACAAACGGUGGAACUGUUUAGUGAUGACUUUAGUGGUAAUAAACCUACAUAUGCUUCUGUGUAUCAUCCUCUGACUGUUGAUGGUUUUCCUCUUCAUUCAGCUCCUCCAAGUACCACCUCUUCAACAAUAAAUGUCGACUUUGAUGCUGUUUUUGGAGGAAAAUCUACAGCACCAGAAUACAGGACUACAGGCGAUGAUGUAUUGCAACCCACGGUAGCAUCACAAAGUCAAAGAACCACUUCAGCCAAUCAGCAGAGUGGAAAAAUUUUGGCAAAUGACCUCGAUUCUUCACUUGCUAAUCUAGUGGGAAAUCUCGGCUUUGGAGGAACUCCAUCCAAAAAAUCGGAUAUGCAGUGGACCCAGCCUACAGAGAAAAAACUUACUGGUGGAACAAACUGGCAAGCAAAAACAAGCACAUCGACCACAUGGAACCCUACUCCCUUACCUGCUAUUCCACAUAUGGUACCUGCUCCUAUCGCAUACCCAUUGACCACACCUCAAGUGCCUGUAUAUGGAAUGGUACCUCCUCAGAUUGGAGCUGCUCCCUUGAUGGCACCCCAGUCAAUGAUGUAUACGCAGCCUGGUCUAAGGCCAACAAAUCCUUUUGCACCUGUUUCUGAAACUCAGAUACAGUUUAUGUAGAGCCGCCAAAGCAGCAAGAUGUGACAACAACCAAAUACUGGUAAAAAAGAAAGGACAGAAUUUCAGUCUUUCCAUGAUGUUUUUCUGAACAGGGCAACUGUUUCUUCCCUGUAUAAUACAAUAUUAUUUUGAAUUGCAAUGCUUUAGAGAUUCUUGUUUAUAACAGUCACUGCAGUCAUGUGAAGUCAUGUUUGUUCACCGAUUAUUUUUUUUUUUAACUGCUUAGUGGAAAACUGUUUUACUGAGGUUACCUCGAAAGGUGCAAGCUGGAUUAUCAUCUUGAAAGCUGAGGAGGGGUUACGUGAUUGCUCCACAUCCUUAUUCAUCAGUGGAUUACUAUAGGAAGUUAACAGAGGAUGUUGAAGCUAUUUAUUUUCUCCAUAAAUUCUGUGGCUGUUGUAACCAAGACACAAAACAAAUGAAGUUGAGCAAUAAAAUUUUUAUGUGCUCUAAUAAAUACUCUGAUAGAGCAAUGCUUGCAUUAUCAUAAGGCCAAUUUUGUGUGAAAUCAGACAGCUUUUUUACAUUAGAAUAGCUUAUAGUAAUUUGCAGACUUUAUAAUGUGAGUUCAAAAUGCUGUGAAUCGAUGAGAUACAUACAUAUUACGUAUAUAUAUUAUACUAUAUAUAUAGAAUAAAAAUAAUAAAUUGCUCCAUUGGUAUGUCAGUGUUACGUGGCUAGUUGAAAAAGCCAGGCUCCAAUAUGGGCUGAAAGUCUGUGAUGGAGUAGGGGGAACAAGUGAACACACGGAACAGCAUGUGCAGCCUCCAACAGGUGAAGGCAGCUGUGCUUCUGUCGACUAUCUUCUCUGCAGAUAGCGUCUUUCCUCGCUCGAGGAAGAGUAGCUUUGGGAGCAGCGAAUGUAGGUAUCCCCAGUAGCAGAAAACGGGAGCAAUUUGAAAAUCUUGUUGCUAACUGCAAAAGAGGCAGGAGGUCCAGGUUUUUUUACAAGUCCUUUAGGUCAAAAGAAGCAAACCUUGCAAAAGUGCUGACACUUUUGAACUGGCACCUACACUGAAAUGAUCUGGCUGUCAAGAAUAGCUUGUGCUGCUUUUCAGAAAUAAGAACCUAGUUGUAAACCGUAUAAAAGUAGUUAUUUUUAAAUGUGUAAAUAUGUGCAAACUUCUAGAAAAAUCUUUUCUUUGCUGCAGUAAUUUUCUUCUGUAGUAAUUUCAAAGUAAAAAUGCUAUGUUAAGAAAUCAACUCUUUUUGAGAGGAAAAAAUCUUUUAAAUCAACUGAUUUAUGAAGUAUGCUAUUCAUGAUGGGUCAGAUGUGUACAGACUUCUGGCACGUCUUUUGUAUUUAAGUCUUUCUCCAAAACCGGAAUAGGCAAUGAAAAUGCCUUGUCUUGUAUUUUUAAUGUCCGAUAAAAAGUGAUAGCAUUUAAAAAAAAAAAGAUGGUUAGUAACAAGUAAAUAGAAUUGAGCAACCUUUCUUCCACCAGUUUUGUGGCAGAAUACAAUUUAAAGCUCUCCUGUAAAAUGACUUCUACUAAUCAUUAAGAUAAAAGCUGUUCUUUCAAAAAAUUAUUAGUUUUCUAUCAUUACAAUAAGUAGACCUCCAGAGUAGCAUGUCUUUUGGGGAGUCUAUAAUUGCAGAAAUAUCUCUGACUCUCACUGUAAAUGCAAAUAGGCCGAGAAUCUUGUCAAACUGUCCUGUAGGGAACUUCUGAAAUACAGCCCUUUCCUCAUAGUGGGAACAAGCCUUCUUUUUCUAAAUGCUUAAUUCUGUCCAAAGAGUGUAAAAGCAGUUUUUCUUAACCCUAUGGAAAUACUUUUGCCAAGUGAAACAACUCAAAAGAAGCAAAAUUUAAAAACCACCCCCCCAGCCCUUGGAAUCUGUAACCACUAACAUCUUGGGAAAUGUAACAUUGCAGAAAUUUAAAACUUAAAAGUUUCUGAAUGUGUCUUGAUAUUAAAAGAAUUUGGAUGGGUGUAUAGCAAUUCAGUGUUCUAGUCUGAAUUAAAAAGGGCUUCAAGCUUUAAUCCACCUUCACUGGGUUGAACAAUUGUACAAUUUUAAGCCAAUGAGUUUUUCAGUGCCUAUAGUUGCCCUCCGCAUGAUGAGGGAAUAGAUGCCAUUUAGAAUGGGUCGUUGUGUUGAGGGGACUGUUGGUUUAAGGAAUAGCGAAUUCCAUUGAUCUAUUCAGCAUUGAAGUGUCUUGAGUUCAGAUUAGACCAGUAGGCGUAGUAAUAAAUGUCUGGGCAUUAACGACAGAGCGCUACAGUCAGGCAGUUCCUAGCACUGUAAGCUGUCAGGUCUUUCUUUCAUACUGAGUUGUAUAAGUAAUAAUCCGUUAUUUUAAUAAAAUAUGCAAAUAAAUGCCUGGCAAACAGUAUAUAUUUGUUAUAACUUUAUUGCAGAGCAUUCUGAAUAUCUGGAGUGUAGUUCUCUCAGAAAUGGAUUUAGUACUAGGUAUAGUUUGCACUACAUCUGAUUUGCUCUGGAUUUUUAAUGGUUCUUUGGUACGCUUUCUUGUAGCAAAGCUGUCUGAUACCAAUUCAUUUAGUAUUAAAAAAGGAGAAACAGCCACAAAGUCAAUCCUAAAAACUUUAAAAGCUACUGUCUUUUUAGUCUCGUUCAGAAUGUUUGAUGCAUUAAAGCACGGCAUUCAGAUUUAUCCUUAUGAAUAAAAGAUGGAUUACACACUUCUCUGCACAAAAGUGCACAGGCUAGCUUUUUGCCAACGUCUUCCUUGUGCACGUAUGGGAAUGCAUAAAAUGGCAGAGGACUGUGUUUUAAAUAACAUAGGUCAGACAUUGGAAAUAAUAAACCAAGGGCUUGGUAUGCUGUCAAGGCUUUUAUGGCUCAGAGCUUGUUCUCCCAAAAAAACCACUUUGAAGACAAAGGUUGUUCUUGAGGGUAACUGUAAUAGCCCACAAGAGCUGUUGUGGUGAGAGGCGUAUAUAAAUGUGACUGUCCCUUCUGUUCCCUUCCGACUCAUUGAUCAGAAUCCUGUUCCGAAUACUUCAGAACGCAGAUAAUUAAGAUGUCACUCCGUGUUUGUCGGAACAAGGAGGAAGACUCGAAGUAUGCUGUGUGCUUUGCAUUAAUUGUACUUCAGUGGGUUGUUCAAGCCUGACUGUCGGGACUUCUUGCUGCUACGGGGAGGCUGUCUUUCAUGGGAUAUGCCGUAAGAUAACUUCUGGGGGGAUUUGGGGAGGUUGGUUGCGUUAGGCCUGUUGGACUUGAAAGUGUACCUCUUUUUAAAUAACUGGGGUUUUCUAAUGUUCUCUAGAUAUAGUUUGACUUUGCCUCCGAGAAGUUAUGGAAUUGAUUUUUUUUUUUAUUUUGGACACAUGUACUAGAGAAAUGUGUUCUGUGAGCAUAGUGGUGGAAUACUUGUAGGUAAAAAUAACAAAUGGAGUUUUGUUUAAAAAAAAAAACCACACCCAAAAAAAAACCAACAACAACAAAAAAAAACCUGACAAGAUUGAAUACAGGGUGUACCCCCGUCUGGGUUUUUUGAUGUGUGGCAGGGAGGGUGGGGUUACAAUUAGAAUAGUACGCACUGUGGAUCGGUGCUGAAUUUGUACAUAAAAAGGAAAACUUUGUUUUGGGUAGUUUGUAUUGUAAGGACAACAUCUAAAGGCACUGUGUAUCAGUCAUUUAUUUCCAUUUAAAAGAUUAUAUUUUUAAGCAAUGGAAACUGUACAUGUUAUCAUUUAUAUAUUACUGAUAGCUAGGAAUAUAGAAAACCUGUUGCUAUUACGCCGGAGUUGUAUUUGACUCGUCAUUGAUAUAUACAUCGCUGCAUCACUACUUUACACAGAUUCUCAUGAUCAUUUAUUUAAAGAGAUUGUAGUAACUGGUACAGUUACAACAGGAAUUGUAACAUCAAAUCUUUCAGUAUAUUGCGAACGUGUAUCCUUGUGAUUAAGUUGAAUCCUUUACCAAAUGUUUGGCUGGAAUUUCAUCUUGGAGCAGUGACAAAAUAGGUGCUGGAAGAGAUUUCCCUCACCCCAACCCACCCUUUACGUUAUUUAUUUAAUAGGUCUUGUUUUGUAUGUUAUGUUUUUCCCCAUAACAGGUUUGUGCCUUUUAUUGGAUAUUUAUUUAAAAGGAGCUACUAUAAUUUAGGUUGUUCAGGCUUUUUUUCAGAUGUAUUCUUGUACAGCUGUUCCUUUACAUGAGUUCCUUCAUUUUAUAAGAAUACAGAAUGUGUGGAAAAUACACUAGCCACAAACUGGAAAAAAAUUUUGAGGGUUUAUGUUCUAUGAAUUAAUAAUUUUUUAAAAAGAAGCCUAAGCACAAGACUGCUGUGUUGAUAUUUUAAUUGUGGAACUUCACAAUUUGUUAAUACACAAACUGUUUGUUUUUUAAAAACUGCUCAUAUCCAAUUAUUUGAUGAAACAAGUUUUGGAAAAAAAAUAAACUUUGGCACAUGGAA